AUGAUUUCUCUUGUUAUUUUAUUGAUUGCAAUUGGAAUUGGAUCAUUUCUUUAUUUAACAAUUGAUACAGAUUUCGAAGCACAACCUGGAAUGGUUCGUACUGCUGGUUCACCAAGAGAAUUUUCAUCUGAUGAUAUUGGUCGAAUAAUUAAUACUGCUCGUCAAGCAUGGUCAAUUGUUGAUCAAAAUCGUGCUGUUGUCGAUAUUCAAACAUCUUAUAGUAAUGUUCUUCCUUCUCAUAUAACUGAUCCAUUUGAACUUCAAAGUUGGUCAUCACCACCAGCUUCUCAUUCAUAUACUGUUAAAGUUUACAAUCGAUUAAAACAAUGUGUACUUCAAUUUACUUAUUCACUUCAAUUCACUUAUGGUGGAUCAUUAGAUGGAAAAGUCGCAUGGGCUUAUGUAUUCAAUGCAAGUGUUCAUGUUGUGUCUGUGUAUAAUGUUGGUACACGAGAUGAACCAAUUGCUGCUGCUCAUAUUGAAUUACGUUAUCGAUUAGCUGGAUUGAAUACAGUGGAAAGAACUGAAUCUUUUCAUGUUCGUGGUGAUGGACAAUAUGCACAUUUAAACAAUUGA